AGCUUUUAGGUGGCUUCUUCGCGUCACUUUCAGGGCGGAAAGCGAAUCUCCGAGCGCAUCAGAUACGGGCGGAAGCAACGAAGCAAUCACAAGCCAGCUUUCUCCUCCCGCACCUCGAACCCCGCCUUUCUUUCCAUUCUGGCCAAUGGGGCUGUUUCACUUUCUUCCGGUUGGGUUUAGAACCGGCGAAUGAGGAGCGAAGUCUCUGAUUAAACCGCCUGUAGAUUACGCACGCGUGCUUCUGGUUUUGCGCUAGGCGAGGAGGCGGGAGAUCCAAGCAAGCCAUCAGGUGGUGCCACGCCAUGGAGAUCAGCCACUCCGUGAAGGAGCGCACCAUCUCGGAGAACAGCCUUGUCAUCCUGCUGCAGGGCCUCCAUGGACACGUCACCACUGUGGAGCUGCGGGAUGAGAGCAAGGCUGUCGGCCGCAUCACCAACGUUGACGCCUUCAUGAACAUCCGCCUGUCCGAGGCGACGUUCACUGAUCGGUGUGGCCAUUCCACCUGGCUGGAUGAUCUGUUUGUGACGGGAAGGAACGUCCGCUAUGUCCACAUCCCUGAUGACAUGGACAUCACAACCACCAUUGAGAAACAGCUGCAGCUCAUUCACAGAGUUCGCACUUUUGGUGGCCGAGACAGGGGCAGGAAGGAGUUCCUUAAGCAGAGCUACAAAUGAGUGGGCUAGUCCCCUGGAUUUGCCAUGUGCCCCAAACUCAGCCUGACAUUGCUUGUACUCCUGAUGAAGAAGCACAUUUUUCUGGACUGAGAUUAGAAGUGACCUGUAGACAACCCUCCCUGAUUUUACUAGAUGCCUUCCUUGGCUCCACUUCCUGAGUUCAAGAGUUCACCAAACUUUUCUAUAGAAAGGGGAAGUGGGCAUUAGGUCCCUUUGUAAUAAUAAGUUAGAAUAUAACUGACCUUAGCAACAAAUAGGAUUCUUGCUUUCUGUGGACUAAUACUCUCUUCACCCUCUUCAGCCUUUGUUUCCCACCCCAAAUAAACUCUUUACAAAAUUUUAAGAUCCACUUUCCUUUUACAAACUGUUUCUCACCAGACCAACCAGCAGCUUUUUGUACGUUCAAUAUCCUCAGAUCAUCCCUCUUUAACCAGGACUUGCAGGCUGAGAAAACUACCAGUAGCAGCUGAGCCGAGGUUAAAUUACAAAUGAGAGAGCACUCAGUCCUUGUGCAGAGCUUGACAUUUAUUUAUUUACAUUUAUAUCUCACCUUUCUGCCAAGGAGCUCAAGGUGGCAUAUACAGUUCUCUUCCCCCAUUUCAUCCCCACAACAGCCCUGUGAGGUAGGUUAGGCUGAAGAAGUGACUGGCCCAAUGUCAUGGCUGAGUGAG